AUGUACAACUUUUCAAAGAAGUUCUUCUCAAUCAGUUAUAAGCAUGUAAGGCUUAGCUUUGGAGAUAAUGCAAGGGCCAAAGUAGCUGAAGGCAUGAGGAUCAUGGCUAACGUAACCUCCAAGACAUACGGCCCUGGAGGAAGAAAUGUAGCGCUCGAGUAUGAUUUAGGAGAUCCAAAAAUCACAAAAGAUGGGGUCACAGUUGCCAAAAAUGUAUUUUUUAAAGAUAGAGAGAAGGAACUAGGAGCCAAAUUGUUGAAAAGGAUAGCAGAUUCUACAAACAAAUACUGUGGAGAUGGUACAACUCUCUCAGCUAUUUUUGGAACUUCCUUAGUUUCUAAAUCAUGCAAUGCAAUAACCCAUGGGAUUCACCCAACAAUGUUGAAAAGGGGUAUUGAAAAGGGAAGAGAUUCUGCUCUUGAAAUAUUGAAGCAAUUUGUAAUGCCAGUGACUAAUGAGGAAGAGCUUAAGAACAUAUGCCUAGUUUCCUCUAAUUACAAUGAAGAGAUUGCAGAUAUUACUUCAAGAGCUAUUAAUAGCAUUGAUUCCACGGUCGGAAUGUUCGGAAAUUUAGAAAUUGAGCCCAGUAAAGUUGGCAAGAACCAAUUAGAGAUCAACAAGGGUCUUUAUAUUGAUAGAGGAUUUGUUUCCAAUGAAUUUUGAAACACCUCCUAUGGGGAUGAAAUUAUGCAAGAAGUUACCCUAGAUUACCCCAUGAUUCUGAUUGUCCACGACCCUAUCAAAAAGAAUGAGCAUAUAGUAAAAGUGAUGGAUUUAGCCAAGAAGAAUAAACGCUCUUUGCUCGUCAUCUCCACAGAUUUAAGAGAAGGUCCAUUGAGUUCAAUGGUCUAUAAUGCUCAAAAGGACGUCAUUAAUUGAUGCGCAAUCAAUGUUCCCUAUAUGGUUGGGAAAGAACAAGAUUACCUAGAAGAUUUAGCUGUGAUAACAGGCGCUACUAUCCUCAAAAAUGAUAAUAUGGUUGAUGGAAUAGAGCAAGUCAAACUCGAGCAUUUUGGAUCUGCUGCUAAAGUAAUUAUCUCAGAAUUAAAAACACAAUUCAUCAAAGGAGCUGGAACUGACAAAGAAAUUGAUAAGCACAUGGAAGUGAUCAAAGCAAGGAUUGAACAAGAGCCUUCAAAACAUUUUAAAAAGAUUAUGAGAGAUCGUUUUACCAAGCUUAACCAACUUCAAGCCACAAUUUAUGUGGGAGGUACCACUGACGUUGAGCAAGGAGAGAUUAGAGAUUUGAUAGUAGACUCACUAAACUCAGCCAGAGCAGCUUUAGAGCAUGGAAUCCUACCAGGAGGAGGAGCAGCAAUGUAUCAUGCCAGUAAAUUACUUCCAGUUUACACUAAUAUUGAAAUGUUUGAGGAAAGUGUUGGGCUUAAAAUAUUCCAAGAUUCAAUGCAACUGGCUAUCAGAAAAGUUAUCGAAAAUUCUGUUGGUGAAGACUUGGUUGGUCAUUACCUCCAAGAAAUUAAUAAAAAAGAAAACUAUUUAUACGGAUACAAUUGUAAAACAGAAAAGGUAGAAAAUCUCUAUGAAGCAGGAAUACUUGAUAGUUACAAAGUAAUCAGUUCAGUUAUUGAAGACGCUUCUCGUUUAGCAACAAUGGUCAUAAUGGUAGAAUGAAAUGUAGUCAAGAUGAAGAAUUAUACUCCUAUGCCCGUGUCUGAGCAUCAGAAUUAUAGAGAAUUCUUCUAAAUCCUCCUU